AUGAAUUCACCAAAAGAGAUGAUGAACACUAUUCUCAUUCUCUUACUUUGUGCUCUCUUUUCAUCCACUUCCCAUGCUGUUCCGCAAAAUUUCUGCAAGGCUGACCUCAAACUUCCACAGACCCCUACUGGUUAUCCCUGCCUGCCCUCUGAGAGCGUAACAGCUGGCGACUUUAAGUCCAGCUUUAAUGGAAAACCUGGCAUUCCAGUCCUAAACAACGCUACACUAUACUCUGCAGCUGUUGAGGAUUUUCCUAUUAUCAACGGUGGUCGCAUUUCUGGAGGACUUGUAGAGAUCGCGCCAGGUGGAUCUCUUCCCCUGCAUACACAUGGUGCCAAUGAAAUACUAAUAGUGAUGGAAGGUAUAAUUAAGGUUGGACUCUUGGAACCUAGGAGAGCUUAUCAGAAUACACUCAGAGCCAGAGAUUUUACGUAUUUUCCAGAAGGACAGCCGCAUUAUCUUAUCAAUUCUGGUCCUGGGAUAGCCGUUGCUUUUGCCGCUUAUAGUAGGGAUAACCCUCCUUUCAAUUUUGUUCAUCUAGCGCUUUUCUCCAACGACGUCCCUAGCCGCAUCCUAGCCCGAGUUAGCUUCCUUGAUGAACCCCAAAUCAGGAAGAACAAGGCUCGUUUCAACGGCACCGGCUAG